CUUGCUGUCGGUGCAGGCCUUGGGGGUCUACCCAUCACAUUCUCACAGGGGCCAUUCGUGGGGAGAACUAUCCGCACGGCGACUACGGAGCUGCAGAAGGCCGACGCUGGAAGAAAAUUCGCUCGGAAGGACAGGCGGCCGCUCGACCCACCCCCUGUUGUGCAGGUCCGGUUCUUCGAGGUGGUGCACUUCGGUACUCCGGCGCAGUACGAGAGGGAGAUCACCACUUACGACGACACCCUCGUCCUUGGCCUCGUUUGUCAAGUUGAUCUUUUCCCGAUCCCAGAUGAGCUGACGCCCGAGGGCAUCAAUAAUCGGGACCUCGGCUCAACUCCCAUGACUGGUAUCAUUGUGAACCCCGUCUCGACCAACACAAUUCCAUAUGGUGCCUUUGCCCAAAGCGGUCCUCCGCACCAGCCGUUCCCACUAUAUGCCCCGGCGGGGUACGGACGCUCACCGAAGCUCUUGAAUAGCGUUUGCUCAUCACUGUUGAGUUCUACGGGUGUACAGGAGUCAGCCAGCUCAUCCGCGCAGACAUCGGACCAUGUCAUAGCUUAUUUCAGCAAUUACGCCAUCACUGAAUCAUCCAAUUGCACAUACCUCCUCGCAGGGGCGAGGGUGGCUAGUGCUGUGAAUAUGGAAUUCAACUCGAGACCGACGCUAGCCUUCGUGUUCAAUGACCUUGCUGUCCAACAGGAGGGAUCGUACACCCUCCGCUAUCGCGUCUUCAGCAUCUUCGCACGGACGACAGAUGUGCCGGGAGCGUCCUCGACCACCCCGAUUCUCGCCAGCUGCUUUGGAGGAGUCUUCAGAAUCUGGUCGUCGAAGUCGUUCCCCGGUCUGGCCCCCUCAACCGCACUCACGAGGCGGCUAUCCUUAUACGGCAUGCAUGUCAAUAUUCGGACGUCCGAACGCAAGAAAAAGACUAACAAAAACCGCCCCAGCGACCCGGAAUCUGGCGCGGCAGGCAGCCCUGAGAGUCAGGCGUCGUGGCCACCCAAUGACGAGCUCGGCGCAUCUCCUGGACACUCCCGGCAUUCCGGCGACUGGCCUGGAAUUUCCCCGUGA